CCCCCCCUCUCUCCUCUUUUCCCCAUCCUCAUCGUCGACAACUAGCACCGAAUUGCGGGAUCUAGUGCGUGCGAUCGUUAUUUAUACUGGUUGCCCCUCCCCUCCGCCUGUUUUCCUCAGGCUGUCACUCUUUGGGUUUGUUUCUGCUCUCGAGUGUAGUACCCAUUCGUUGUCUAUAAUUUCCCGUGUUGCCCUUGUGUCACUCUCUCACCGGGGUCAUGCAUUUUCCCUCACUCUCUUUGUCGCUGACAGCGUUGGCUCUCGUCAGCCCUAGUGCCGCCUUUCCGCAAGCCCGAUUUGUCCAGCCCGUUCUGCGCACCGAAGAAAAAGCUCAAUCGCGCGCCGAUGCCGUCAAAGAGGCCUUUUCCCACGCUUGGGAUGGCUACUAUCAAUAUGCGUUCCCCCAUGACGAGCUGCACCCCGUUUCCAAUGGCUAUGGGGAUUCUCGUAACGGAUGGGGAGCGUCCGCGGUGGAUGCCCUAUCGACCGCCGUGAUCAUGCGCAAUGCGACCAUUGUUAAUCAGAUUCUCGACCAUGUAGCGAAGAUUGACUAUUCGAGCACCAGUAGCACGGUCAGCCUGUUCGAGACCACCAUUCGCUACCUUGGCGGCAUGUUAUCCGGCUAUGACCUGUUGAAAGGCCCUGCCGCCGACCUGGUCGACGACUCGUCGAAGGUCGACACGUUGCUCACUCAGUCCAAGAACCUGGGUGACGUUCUAAAAUUUGCCUUUGACACCCCGUCGGGCGUUCCGUACAACAACCUCAACAUCACCUCUAAAGGUAACGAUGGAGCCACCACCAAUGGCCUUGCAGUCACCGGCACCCUUGUCCUGGAAUGGACACGUUUGUCCGACUUGAUUGGAGAUUCUACCUACGCGGACCUGAGCCAAAAGGCCGAGUCUUACCUGCUCAACCCCCAGCCCCAAUCUGCGGAGCCUUUCCCCGGAUUGGUAGGAAGUAACAUCAACAUUGCGACUGGCCAAUUUGCCGACGGAGCGGUGAGCUGGAACGGUGGAGCUGAUUCGUACUACGAGUAUCUGAUCAAGAUGUACGUGUACGAUCCCAACCGGUUCGAAACCUACAAAGACCGCUGGGUGGCGGCGGCCGAGUCAUCCAUGAAGCACUUGGCGUCGCACCCGUCCACGCGCCCGGACCUGACAUUCUUGGCCUCGUACAACAAUGGCAAGUUGGGCCUGAGCUCUCAGCACUUGACUUGCUUCGAUGGCGGUAGCUUCCUGCUCGGUGGCACGGUGCUGGACCGCUCCGACUUGAUCGACUUUGGUCUGGAACUAGUCAACGGCUGCCACGACACCUACAAUUCGACUCUUACCGGCAUCGGCCCGGAGGCAUUCAGCUGGGACCCGAACUCUGUCCCCAGCAGCCAACAGGCUUUGUUCGAGAGCGCUGGCUUCUACAUCACCAGUGGCGCGUAUAUCCUCCGACCGGAAGUGAUCGAGAGCUUCUAUUACGCGUGGCGUGUGACUGGCCAAGAGAUUUAUCGCGAGUGGAUCUGGAGCGCCUUCCAGUCAAUCAACAAGUACUGCCGCACCGACUCGGGAUUCGCGGGCCUGACCAACGUCAACGCCGCCAACGGCGGCAACCGCUACGAUAACCAGGAGAGUUUCAUGUUCGCUGAGGUGCUGAAGUACUCGUACCUGGCGUUCGCACCGGAGGAUGAAUGGCAGGUGCAGAAGGGAAGUGGGAAUCAUUUCGUGCUGAACACGGAGGCCCACCCAGUGAAGGUGUACAGUUCGUAGGCUUCGAGCCUUGCAGUAAGAGCCUGGCAGAUGGUGCUAUUUUCCGUGUAGAAGUCUAGAGUAUAGAGUUAGACACGGAAGUACAUACGUACAUAUUGUUCGAGUAAAUGGGAAUAUUCUUUGAGG